UGUAUGUUGCGUCAAUUAAAUCUUAUGGCCGAAAAUAAUCUACCUCACGUCCAAAUGGUUCAACUGGACAUCACAUACCGAGAACUUCUUGUCAAAUUGAAAGCCCAUGUAACUCGAUUGGCCAACCAAAUGGAUGCUAUGUUAUGUGUUAAAUGGAUACAGAAACUGCAAACACUUACCCAGGCGGAUGACAUAAAGCUGCGAAAUUAUUUGCUCCUUCAAAUAUGUAAUCAAAUAUCAACGGGAUAUCUGGACCAUCCAUUUAUCAAUGCAAGCUAUUUGGACCAAGAUUUGAAAGUGGUGGCUAACUGUUGCCGCGAAUGCGAGCCGAUUUGUAAUGCUUCAGACAAUGUAUUCAAAAUGCCACUUGAUCGGUCAUCGUCGAAUAUUACGGAUAUUGUCUCGGACUUGUAUAUAUCUGACGUCGAUGGUACGGUGGCGAUCGAAAGUAUAUUUGAAAAUGAGAAGCCCGAUUGGAGAGAGCCAAAGGUAUUUUUUGCAGAACCGUUCGAAAAUGUGUUGCAUGCACAAAAUUUUUAUCGAAAAAAGUACGAAGAAACUUUAGCCGAUUUAAAGGAAGCCAAACUGAAACUAUAUUUGAAAAGUAGCCGAUCGUUGGCUGAAUUUAUCGACUAUUUAGGAGCGAAUUUUAUCGAAAAAUAUCAAAAAGCAACCGAAGAAUUAAUGUCUAUAGAGAAGAGCUCCAAUCCUCGUAAAGAAUUCUUGGAGUUUAAACUAAAUUUUUGCAGUAAAUUCAAAUUUUUGUGCGGCGAUUUAAUGAGUGCUAAUGUGGCCGAAAAUCUAUUACAAUCAGAAGAUCAGUUCCAGCGAAUACAAAAUCGAAUUUUAUGCAAUGGUUUCGUUGAGUCCAAUGAAAGUAAGAAAGACUUGUUGUCAACCGAUCGUGCUACAGUCAGUACAGAUCUGGAUGCUAACAAUACAAAAUAUUCCGAGUACUUGAAACGGUACAUCCGGAAGCAGCAAAAGCAAUUCAAUCGCAAGAUUCAAGGGUACGAAGGUCAGAUUGCCGCAUUGAAAAAGGAAAUUUGUUCGCGCGAUAAAAAGCAAAGCCGACAAAUAAUUGAAAUGAAAUGCGAGAAUAUUAUAAAGAAUGAACAAAAGGCCAGGGACCAGCUAUCCGAAUCGCUUAACGAUUUGGAGUCGAAGUAUAAAAACAUUGUACAGCAAAUAUUCAACGAUUUACAGAACCAAAACUAGCUGAGUGCGAAUACGUUUUUCGAAUAAUAUGUUUUUCAGUGGCAAUGCUUACGUUUCUAUCAUUGUGUUUGCCGUUUAAGUUAAGGCAAAAAGGUGUUCAAACAUAGUGUCGAUCUCAAUUGUCCCUAAGUCGAACACUAAGCACAAAAAAAUUGUUCGACUAAAAAUCUGUUCCUCAUCCUUCAAAAUCAAAACGUUUAUAGACUAAGCCUGACUAAUCUAUUUCACCAUCAAAUAUAGAAAUACCUUCUGGA